UCGCACACCCGGCCCCCACACAAGAUGUGACAGGGUUCGGGAGACCUAGAGGAAACCUUCAGGUCACCCGGGGAACUGCUCCUCUCGCUCGUCCUGCGGCGGUGAGGCGGGGGGGUGAGGGCGCCGAGACGCGCGGGGCGCGGAGAUGUGCAAGUGGCGAAGCUUGACCGAGCGCAGGCGGGAGCAGCCGCCCAACUCCCGGCGCGGGAUCUGCUGAGAGGCCACGAUUUUAGGUGAUGGGCAGAUCAGAAAGUCAGAUGGAUAUAACUGAUAUCAGCACUCCAAGGCCAAAGAAACAACGAUGGACCCCACUGGAGAUCAGUCUCUCCGUCCUUGUCCUGCUCCUUACCAUCAUCGCUGUGACGAUGAUCGCACUCUAUGCAACCUAUGAUGAUGGUAUUUGUAAGUCGUCAGACUGCAUAAAAUCAGCCGCUCGACUGAUCCAGAACAUGGAUGCUACUGCUGAGCCUUGUACAGACUUUUUUAAAUAUGCCUGUGGAGGCUGGUUGAAACGCAACGUCAUUCCUGAGACCAGCUCCCGUUACAGUAACUUUGACAUUUUAAGAGAUGAACUAGAAGUCAUUUUGAAAGAUGUUCUUCAAGAACCCAAAACUGAAGAUAUAGUAGCAGUGCAGAAAGCAAAAACAUUGUACAGAUCUUGUAUAAAUGAAUCUGCCAUUGAUAGCAGAGGCGGAAAACCUCUACUCAGUCUGUUACCAAAUAUAUCCGAUUGGCCAGUAGCAACAGAAAACUGGGAGCGAACAUAUGGUACUUCUUGGACGGCUGAGAAAUCUAUUGCACAACUGAAUUCUAAAUAUGGGAAAAAGGUCAUUCUUAAUUUUUUUGUUGGCACUGAUGAUAAGAACUCUAUGAACCAUAUAAUUCAUAUUGACCAGCCUCGACUUGGCCUCCCUUCCAGAGACUAUUAUGAAUGCACUGGAAUAUAUGAAGAGGCUUGUACAGCAUAUGUGGAUUUUAUGAUUUCUGUGGCCAGGUUGAUUCGUAAGGAGAGAGGACUGCCCAUCGAUGAAAACCAACUUUCUUUGGAAAUGAAGAGAGUUAUGGAAUUGGAAAAAGAAAUUGCCAAUGCUACAACUAAACCUGAAGAUCGAAAUGACCCCAUGCUUCUUUACAACAAAAUGACAUUAGCCCAGAUCCAAAAUAACUUUUCACUAGAGAUCGAUGGGAAGCCAUUCAGCUGGUCAAAUUUCACAAAUGAAAUCAUGUCAACUGUGGAUAUUAAUAUUCCAAAUGAGGAAGAUGUGGUUGUUUAUGCUCCAGAGUAUUUAACCAAACUUAAGCUCACUCUUACCAAAUAUUCUGCCAGAGAUCUUCAAAAUUUAAUGUCCUGGCGGUUCAUAAUGGAUCUUGUAAGCAGCCUCAGCCGAAACUACAAGGAGUCCAGAAAUGCUUUCCGCAAGGCCCUUUAUGGCACAACAUCAGAAACAGCAACAUGGAGACGUUGUGCAAACUAUGUCAAUGGAAAUAUGGAAAAUGCUGUGGGAAGGCUGUACGUGGAAGCAGCAUUUGCUGGAGAGAGUAAACAUGUGGUAAUGUUUUCAGCACGAUACUAUAUCAGUAGUUGUUUGCAUCGAUUAGCAAUUACAAUAGUUCAUAAUUUGGCUAGUUUUAUUAAUUGUUCUUAUGUUUUCCAUAGGUGGAUAAGCGGAGCAGCUGUAGUCAAUGCAUUUUAUUCUUCAGGCAGAAAUCAGAUAGUCUUCCCAGCUGGCAUUCUGCAGCCCCCCUUCUUCAGUGCCCAGCAGUCUAACUCAUUGAACUACGGGGGUAUCGGCAUGGUCAUAGGACAUGAAAUCACCCAUGGCUUCGAUGACAAUGGCAGAAAUUUCAACAAGGAUGGAGACCUUGUUGACUGGUGGACUCAACAGUCGGCAAAUAAUUUUAAAGACCAAUCCCAAUGCAUGGUGUACCAGUAUGGAAACUUCUCCUGGGACCUAGCAGGUGGACAGCAUCUCAAUGGAAUUAAUACACUGGGUGAAAAUAUUGCUGAUAAUGGAGGUAUUGGCCAAGCAUACAGAGCCUAUCAAAAUUAUGUUAAAAAGAAUGGUGAAGAAAAAUUACUUCCUGGACUUGACCUAAAUCACAAACAACUAUUCUUCUUGAACUUUGCCCAGGUGUGGUGUGGCACCUACAGGCCAGAGUAUGCUGUCAACUCCAUUAAAACAGAUGUUCACAGUCCAGGGAAUUUCAGGAUUAUUGGGACUUUGCAGAACUCCCCUGAGUUUUCAGAGGCCUUUUACUGCCGCAAGAAUUCAUACAUGAAUCCAGAAAAGAAAUGCCGAGUGUGGUGAUCUUCGGAGAAAGCGAUGUGGCCCUUGGCUAGACUUGCCAACACCACAGAAAUGGGGAACUCUGUCCACAGAAGUCAUUGUAAUUACGUAGGAUGACAGGGCAUCAUAUUAGAAAUGAAGUUAGGUUAUUCUGGAAAAGGUGUGGAGAGAGGAGGGGGGUGUCUGGUGUCUAUCAAAUCAAUCACUUCUCACUGUGUAAAUAAUGCUUGAUCUCUAAAGAUAUUACCAUUCAUUUCUGUUCCUCAUAUGAUCUGCCAGUUGAUGUCGUCUCUUGAAAACAAUGUUAACCCCUUGAUGUAGACUGGGAUUGCUAAUCAAAGGGAAAUUAAAGAGAUUGAAGCAUACAGUUGGCUCCAAAAGCACAGCAGUGGCAUGAGGGUUAAAAACACAUUGCCUAACUACUUAUUUUUACUUUUAUUUGUAACAUUUUCACUCCUACAGAACUCUUCCAAAGAAUUCUUAUACAUACUGGGGCCUUGGGACUUCAUGUAAUUUUAAACCGAUUUUGCCAAUCAUCAGUUUAUUCAUUCUGAGAUCAUUUUAUUUUAAGCUACUCUUAGGGCUAAAAUGAAUGUCUGAAACUGUUUUUCAUUGUACCUGCUUUCACCAAUACUGAAAUUCUUGAGGGUCCCUACAAUUUUCUAAGCAAUUUCUUGUUCUCUCUCUCUCAAAACUUGAUCUUUUUAAGAGAUUUGUAGUAAUGUAUAAAUAAUAAUUUUUAUAUUUAAUUAUUAACUACAUUUAUGGCUAAGUAAUUAUUAUUAUAGGUAAUCAUUGAAUAUUGACAUUUCCGACAGAGAUAAAUAGUUACGGACCAAGAUCUGUAAAGUGAUGUACAGAUGAAGAUUUGAGACUUUUUAAGCUUAUCAAUCAUAUUGAUAAAAAGCUUGAAGCACAAACUCUGGGUUAAAAAUUGCCAUUGGACAGUUGUCUGAAGCAGAAUUUUCAAAAUAAACUCUGUCCCUGAGGUGGCUAUGAGAAAAGGACAAAACUGCAUCUGUGUAGCUCUGCAUCUCCUUCUCUUUUCAGGUUUGUCAUCUGAUGGAAAUAUUUUGAUCCUAAAUCGGAAUUGUGAGCCCGUUACUCACUGAGCCUGCUGUGGCAUCAGUCUAGCUCUGGAGAGUGCAUUUCUGAAUAUAAAUGAGAGGCUUGCCCACCUCGGACAGACCUGCCUCUGAAAUCCGAACUCGCCUAGAGUUCUGGGAGGGGCCUGUCUAGUCCCUGCUAGGAACUCAUCUCUUGAGGCUUUGUCUUCUUCUCUUUCCCUGUCAUUUUGGCUAAUUUGGUUAACUUCAUUACUUGAUUAGUAUUUUACAAAAGAGGCGUUUUCCUUAUUUUUCCUAACAAAAUGAAAAUGAGGGAAUUUCUAUUCAAAAUAUGAGUGUUGGUUUUCUUGCUUCUUGAAAAAUGCAUUUAUUUACCUUUUUUUAAAAGUUAUGAAAAUGCAGCGUAUACCCAAAAGUUUCAUUAAACGUAAGUGUACAGCUCAGUGAACUUUCUCCAACUGAACACAGCCCUGUAACCAGCACCUUUAAGAAACAAAACAUUACUAGUGCCUUAGAAACCCCUUCUUCCAACUACCACUUCCUUCCUUCAAGGACGACCACUGUCCUGACUCCUAAUAUCACACAUUAGUUUUAAUCGAUUAGCAUGUAUUCUUUUGUGUCUGGCUUCUUUCUCUCGUGUUACAUUUUGAGAUUCAUCUAUAUUGUUGCAUUCGAUUGUGGAUCUCUCAUUGUCAUUACUCAAUAAUAUCCUAUUGUGUGAUUAUACUACAAUUCAUCCAUUCCAUUGUUGAUAGGCAUGUGAGAAGAAGCUUCCAGUUUGGGGCUAUUACAAAUGGUGCAAUUAUGAGUAUACAUACUUGCAUAUUACCCAUCUUUUUUAACUUGAGAUUUUAAUGAGCUCAUUUCCACAAACAUUUCGUCAAGUUAUUUUAAAUAUUGAAAAUAUAGUUUUCAACUAACCAUGGAUAUCCUCCUAUUCUUCUUCUUAUAUCACUACCACCAUUAUUAUGGGUAAUUCAAAGUAUACUUGUGGAUAUAUUUCCUUAAAUAAACUGCAAACACUUACAAGUAA